UUGGCAGUAUAGAGACGCAAAAUUCACGUGAUCCUGCUUUAUUAUAUAAGCCACACAACACUCUCAAUCAGCAAAACAGGAAUCAAACCCACGAUAAAAAAAUAGAGUGAAAUAGAAUGAACACUCCUGUUAGCAAUCGACCACUUCUAACGGCAUUUCGUACCAACUACCGUCCAAAGUUGGCCAAGACUCAGCACGAGCUUUCCUCGUUCCUAAUCUCUCCGGGUGUUUCAACUCACCAAGCGCUCAGCGAUAGCAGCAGUAUUCGUGGCUCGUCGGACAAGAGCGCCAGAUCGCUCUCCAUGUUGGAUCGCUCCGGUUGGAGCUACCGAGUUGCGCACGCCCUCGACAUAAUCAUACGAGACCACAAUACGUACCAGCAGGCGGCCUCGAUUAGCGGCCAAAUCUAUCGCAUGUUCGAUGCGACCCUGAGCACCGUCGUUCUAAUGGCCUCCGGCGAGACCAACAUCCCCGGGGAGCAUCUCGUGUGGAGCGAAGCUUUCCUGCGGGGAAUUCGGGAUCGCUACGGGAACCAUCCACCGAAUGUGCGCAAACUGCUUGGUUUCAUCAAACACAUACAGACCUCGCAAGGACAAGCCACAAGCGACAUGUGUGAUCUUUUUGAGCGCACCUAUCGCGACACGGUCCCACAGAAUGUAACACUUACGCGAAUCCACCCACCAACAACGGUGUGAGAACAAACAGAAGGAACAAAACACACAAGCAGAAAGAAAAAAGUACAAACGGAGGCCGGGUUAGAGUGCAUAUAGUCACCUCGGAAACAUCAGACACCACCAGCGGAGACGAAAUUUUGAGUGAAAGUUUCAAGGGGGAAAAUCGAAAUCAAGCCAAAAAGGGGUAUUGUGGGCGGAAGAAGAGUGAGAAAAAUAUCGAUGUGAACGAUUUGGUGAAGCUUGAAACAUAUGCCGGAUUCCUUGGGAGCUAAACUUACCAUAAUAUUCUGCUCGAUGAUCUGCGGAUCAUCGCAAAUAGACUCCACGAAGAACAGCUUAUAGCCCAUUUUGUGUACGAUGAUUUCACGGAUCAUCCGCCGUCUUUCGCGGGUUGAAUUCGUUGCAUCAAACACCUGGAAGGAAUGAAUAAAUUUGAAUGUGAAAAUUGUCAAUU